AUGCAGCGCUACGGUGAGCACGGCUCCUCUCCUGAGCGAGAGCCUCUCGACGGCUACCACGCGCCGCCCAGCCCUGCCUACCCCCCCGAGACUCCCUAUCACGACAGUGUCUCGCCUCAGCCUCACUACCGCCAGCCUCCUCCGCCCGUGCCCCAGCACCAGCACCAGGACUACGGCUACGAGCAUGAGCACGAGCAUGACUACGACGAGGGCCAGGCGCCUCCUCCGCCUCACCACCAGGGCGACGCCGGCUACUUUGCAGGCGAAGGCCACAAUGACGGGUAUGCGCAACACACCACAGCAAACUCCACCUCCCGGGGAUACUCCCAGAAUAACGUGACGCCCGGCUCUGACAACUUCAGCGAGAUGGCCGCGGGGGGCAUGGCGGGCAUUGCCUACGGCGUGGCAGAGCGCAACGCGCGCGAGAGCGGCAUGCAGGCGAUUCACGGCGGCCUCCCUCCUCCGCCAUCCCACGCUCGAUAUCCCGACGGCGGCUACGGCAACGGCAACGGCAACAGCUACGGCAACGGCUACGGCUACGGGCCUGGCAACGGCGGCUACUACCACCCGGGCUCUGAGCGAGGCUCGAUGGGCGUGUCGGGCGUGUCGGGCGCCAACAGCUCGCGCUCGCCUUCUCGCAGCGCCCGAGAGUCUCGCAGCACAAGAGACCCCUAUGCCGACGACCACUAUCCGCAGAUGUAUGCUGCGGGCUCUCGAAAUAGCAAUCCGAUGCUCGGCAUAGUCAAUCCUAAUGAGAUUGUGGACGACGGCGACGACGGCCUGGAUUAUUCUCGACGUAGCCAGCGGAAUUCCACCCUCGGCGCUGAUGCGGCAAAGGGAGCGGCGGCGGUGACGACGGCGGCGGUUGGGGCUGGAGCGAUUCGAAGUGCAUUGGGACGAAGUGGAGCUGACGCCGGCGGCAUCUUUGACAACGGUAGCACCGAAGAAAAGUCGGCCUGGAUGGCACAGCACUCCUCCCAGAGCAAGAAAUGGCGCUGGAUCAUCUCCAUCAUCGUCGUCCUGCUCAUCAUCGGCGGCGUCGUUGGCGGUGUCGUUGGAAGCCGCGUCGCCAACAAAAGCGGCAGCAAGUCUGGCAACGGCAGCGGAAGUUCCAAAGGCGGCAGUGGCAGUGGAGGCGGCAGUGGAGACGAUGAUGGCAGCGAUCUCACCAUCAACAGCCAAGAGAUCAAGGAUCUGCUCAACAACCCCGACCUGCACAAGGUCUUCCCCGGCAUCGACUACACGCCGCUCAACACGCAGUAUCCCGACUGCCUGGCCAACCCGCCCUCGCAGAACAACAUCACGCGCGAUGUGGCGGUCCUCAGCCAGCUGACCAACAAGAUCCGCCUCUACGGCACCGACUGCAACCAGACGCAGAUGGUGCUGCACUCCAUCUCUGCCCUCGAGAUGACGAGCGACAUCAAGGUGUGGAUGGGUGUCUGGCAGGAUAACAACGCCACCACCAACGCCCGCCAGCUCGCGCAGAUGUGGGACAUCCUGGACAAGUACGGCGACGACCCCUUUGAGGGCAUCAUCGUUGCCAACGAAGUGCUCUUCCGCAAGCAGUUCACCGUGGCCAGCCUCGGCGAGCUGCUCGACGACGUGCGCACCAACCUCACCAAGAACAAGUAUGAUCUCCCAGUCGCUACCUCCGACCUGGGAGACGACUGGACUCAGGCGCUGGCCGACGAUAGCGACUACAUCAUGGCCAACGUCCACCCGUUCUUUAGUGGAACAACGGCGACCGAGGCUGCUGACUGGACCUACAGCUUCUGGAAGGGCCACGACGGCCCCUUUUGGAAGACUGACACGUCCAAGAACAUCAUCUCCGAGACCGGCUGGCCUACGGGAGGUGGCAAGGACUGCGGCGGCCCCAGCACCUGCACGAACCCGGCCGUGGCUGGAAUAGACGAGCUCAACACGUUUAUGAGUGAUUGGGUCUGCCAGGCGCUCGAGAACGGCACAAACUACUUUUGGUUUGAGGCCUUUGACGAGCCAUGGAAGGUCAUCUACAACACGCCCACCGAGGCGUGGGAGGACAAAUGGGGCCUCAUGGAUGCCAACCGCAAGCUCAAGGAUGGUGUCAAGAUUCCCGACUGCGGCGGCAAGACGGUUUCGUGA